AUGUUACUCGAUAGCUCCAAUGACCAGGUCCGUGUGCCAAAUGUUAUCGCACUGGUUGGCUUGCCAGCAAGAGGGAAGACGUACAUAUCCCAUAAGCUAUGUCGUUAUUUG